AGUUCACCCACAGCUAAAGAACACUAACAAAAAAGACCAACAACAAAGCCGCAUCGAAACGCACGUGUGCCUGAAUAUGGAAGCAGAGAACGGCGAGGGGCAGGUGCAGGUGCACCUGAAAACCAAGCAAGAACAUUAUGCUGUUCCGGAUGUUCCAUACGCCAUCGAAGGCAGUGUGUCCACCACCGAGCUGAAUAUAUUCCUCAAUGCCUUGCUGCAGAAUAAAGGCGUCGAUGGCGUUGACUUUGACUUUCUUGUGUUCGACGAGUAUCUGCGGGGAAGAUUAUGCGAUCAUUUGCGCGAGAAGGCAAUCAGUUUUGAGGACGCCAUUGAAAUUGAGUAUGUGGAGCGCUUUCCCGCACCAGAGCCACAGGAUUGUUUGCUCCAUGACGAUUGGGUGUCGGCGGUGAAGGCAUGUGGUAAAUGGAUCCUGACCGGUUGCUACGAUAAUACCAUUAACAUCUGGACCAAGAAGGGUAAACACAAGCUCACAAUACCUGGUCACACGGCGCCCAUCAAAGCCGUUGACUGGAUAUCGUUGGAUGACGACAACGGACGCUUUGUGUCCACCUCACAGGACCAAACAGCGAUGAUAUGGCAGUGGAACAUUGACUCGAAUGCCGUGGAAUGCAUUUCGGUAUGCAAGGGCCAUGAGCGUGGCGUUGACAGCGUCUGUGUGAGUCCAGAUGCUCAACGCUUCGCCACCGGUUCCUGGGAUACGAUGCUGAAGGUGUGGUCUGCCGAACUGGAGGACAGCGGCGAGGGUACUUCAAAGCGUGCCAAGGAGAGCGGCGUUAGAACGCCAAAAAUGACACUGCAGGGUCAUCGGGAGAGCAUUUCAUCUGUGCAGUGGAUGGACGGCAGCACAUUGCUUACUGGCAGCUGGGAUCAUACGCUCAAAGUGUGGGAUCUUAAUCUGGAGGGAAUCAAGACGGAAAUAUCGACCAACAAGUCCAUAUUCGAUGCCAGCUAUUCCAAAUUGAAUCACCUCAUUGUCACCGCAUCGGCGGACAAGAAUCUGCGCUUAUAUGACGCACGAACAAAUCAGGGAUCUGUGGUUCGUAAUACCUACCUGGGCCACAAUGCUUGGGUGCAAGCGGUUAUGUGGUCGACUACCGAGGAGUUUCUGUUCGUUUCGGGAGCAUACGAUAAUCAGAAUAAGCUGUGGGACUGCAGGAGUCCUAAGGCGCCGUUAUACGAUUUGCUUGGACAUGGCGAAAAAGUUCUGGAUAUUGACUGGUCGAAUCCAAAAUAUAUUGUUUCUGGAGGUGCCGAUAACACUGUGCGUGUGUUCAAAUCGAAAAAAGCCGAUGUCGAAAAUAUGGAAACAAAGUAAAGUUUUGACAUUAUACAAUUAUUAUUAGUAAUAAGAAACUGAUAAGUUUAAAUA